AUGAGCUUUGUGAGAGCGAGAUUACCCAAAGUUCGUCUUCCAGCCGUCUACGCCUACGAGACUCCAGGCUCAGAGCGGACUUCAACGACCGGUGCACCAUACAUGCUUCUGGAGGGCUUCUAUGGCAAUACUUUGCAGGACGGAGCGGCCGAUUUCUUCAGCUUACCAGACGCUAUCCAACACCACAUCAUCACACAAUGGACGAGAGUUCAAGCAGAGCUUGCAACUUUCGCGUGGCCCAGGAUCGGCUCGAUCUCUCAACUUGACAACGGGGAGCCUGUUAUCGGCCCACUAGCAUCUGCUAGCAUCGAUCAACUUCAGAAUGCCGGACCUUUUCCAACCGCACUCGACUACUUCACUGACCUUUCAGAAGCCUUACGCAAGACGCUCGCCACUCAAUCUAGCGCCGGGUCAAGUUGCGGAUACUGCCGGCUUGGUACUCUUGUAUUCGACCGGAUUUUGAGCCAUACAAAGCUCUUCAACGAGGACAAGCCAGAGACAUUAUUCCAACUGAGUCAUAUGGAUCUCGGUUUUCAGAACAUGCUUAUCGAUGAUGACUUUAACAUCGUUGCCGUGAUCGACUGGGAAUAUGCGCAAUCUGCACCCUGGCAAACUUAUCACUAUCCCAUGCCAUUCCCACUGAGAGAGCCAGAUCAGGAAAUCCAGGACAUACUCAAGGAUCCGAAUCAUUUGGCACAUAGAAACGUGGAGAGACAAAACAAGGCUCGUAUGAUGUACAAGGACGGAUUCCAAGUAGCAGAAGACGAGUUGGAAAAACAGGGAAAGGUCUUUCAGAGAAGAAUAUCAGACGUCCUGGAUAGCCCGGCAUCAAGAGUAUUUGCCUGUUUCUCUACUCUCGGCGACUUACACGGAGAGGGGGACAAGGCGUUGGUGCAUGCAAUGCUACAGCUGGCUUUUGGAAUGGACUCAGAGAGGGCGGAGGAGUAUUUGGAAUCGCUGUAG